AUGCGAACACAAUCCGUAUCCAAAGAGAUGAUUUGCAUAGCGCUUUGUGGAGUGUUGAGUGGAGUGAUAAGAGUGAUAAAGAGUGUUUUCGAAGUUCAUGAACAUUUUGGCACCUGUCAUCAUUCGUAUCGCUACUAUGUUGUAGGGCUAAUUUAUUUCCUCGCCUACCAAAUUAUCAAUCAAUUCAUUCUAUGGCUAAUUAUCUACAUCACCUUCUUGAGAGCUAUGGUAAUCUUGGAGGUCAAGCGUGGACUGUCCCCACCCGGAUCAAAAAUGUUGAAAAUCUUCAUGAUAUCUUUUAUUUGUUUAAUGACGGCCAUUUUUUUCUUCAAUCACCUGCUAAGAGUAUCAUACCAUCGAAUUGAAGAGAUUGUGGAUGAGGAGAAAAUUGAAGAGUUGAUAAAGGAAAAGAGAUGUAAAUACCAAAAAGUGUACAAUAUUGAAGCGUUUUCUGGAGACUGUCUGAGACGGAUAUUAUUGUCAAUUGCCGGUGUGACAGGUUUUAUUAUUCCAAUUUUCAUCAUGAUCGUUCUCACCAUUUUCUUAGUUAUUGAGCUCCGUUCUCCUGGCCCAGUCAAAUCCGCUGAAAAUACCAAAAAACAGAUAAAUGCUACAUACGGCCUUGUUGCCUUUCUCUUCUGCUACAUCUUCGCAGAACUUCCAUACGUUUUCCUUUUUGCUCUUGGUCUUAUAAAUCCAUCAGAUUUCGUACAACUAGACGAAUACAUCUACAGUCAAGUUGACGCCUUCAUAUGCUCAUCUAUGUGUAUUGGAAUCAUUAUAUACGCUAUGAUGUCUGCUCAAUACAGAGACACAAUUUGUGCAACAUUCUGUAGAAGCCACAAAAUUUCUCCAGGACCUUCGGUAUUCCUUCGAGACUGA